CGACAUGAUCCAAAAAUGUUAUAUGCAAAGAUUAAAAUUCCUUGAUUCUCUGCGUCAGAUACCAUCAAGAUAUCCAGUCAGACCAAUAAAACCUCCCAUUAUCUUGUUUAGAACCAUGGCGUCAGAAAGUCCCGCAGGAACACACAAGGAUCCCGUCACGGGAGAGAUGAUUUCCAAGACUGAACUGAAGCGUCGCGAGAAGCAGCGUGAAAGGGAUGCGAAGAAAGCCGAGAAAGCCGCUGCCGCACCACCCCAAGCUGCAUCUAAGCCUGCAGCCGCAAAUGAGGAUGACCUGAACCCAAAUCAAUAUUUUGAGCUGCGUGCUCGUACGAUCCAGAAGCUCAAGGAGACUCAGUCUCCCAAUCCCUACCCGCAUAAGUUUAACGUCAGCCAGAGUAUAACCUCGUUUGUUGAAGAGUACAGCAAGGAAGGCUUGAUUCCCGCUGGUCAGAAGCUCGACAACGUAAUUAUCGCUCUAUCUGGUCGUGUGCACAAUAUCCGGAGCAGCGGCAACAAGCUCAAGUUUUACGACCUACACGGUGAAGGCUCGCAAGUGCAAAUUCUCGCAAAUGCACUCUUCCGGCGCGGAGACAUCGUCGGUGUCACUGGCCACCCCUCGCGCAGUCAGAAGGGUGAGCUCAGCAUCUCCCCCUCGUCCAUGGUUCUCCUCGCACCCAAUCUGCACCAACUCCCAUCUGCCCACUUUGGUCUUAAAGACCAGGAGACCCGGUACCGUAAGCGUUACCUCGAUCUCAUCAUGUCUCCCAGUACACGCAACAUCUUCAUCACACGCGCACGCGUGAUCAAUUACCUCCGCCGCUACCUCGAUAACCUCGGUUUCCUCGAGGUUGAGACACCCAUGACGAGCAUGGUUGCAGGUGGUGCCACCGCACGUCCAUUUGUAACACAUCAUAAUGAUCUGGAUUUGGACUUGUACCUCCGUGUUGCACCUGAGCUGUACCUGAAGCAGCUUACUGUUGGUGGACUCGACCGCGUGUACGAGAUUGGACGUGUCUUCCGGAAUGAAGGCAUUGAUUUGACACAUAACCCUGAGUUCACUCUCUGCGAGUUUUACAUGGCCUAUGCGGACAUGUAUGACCUGAUGGAACUCACGGAGAACCUUCUCGAGGGUAUGGUCAAGUACCUGAACGGCGGCAGCACGAUUGUGACGUAUCACCCCGAGGGUAAGGACGGCAAGGAGCUCGUGCUGGACUUCAAGACGCCGUGGAAGAGGUAUGACAUGAUCGAGACGCUCGAGGAGAAGACAGGAGUCAAGUUCCCCCCUGGUGACACGCUGCACACGGCGGAGACUAACAAGUUCUUGCGAGACUUGUGUGUCAAGCACAACGUUGAAUGCAGUGAGCCCCGGACUAACGCCCGACUCCUUGAUAAGCUUGUUGGCGAUUUCAUCGAGCCCCUGUGUAUCUCUCCUGCAUUCAUCACUGGCCACCCUCAAGUCAUGUCACCCCUCGCCAAGAACCACCGCUCACGUCCCGGUCUGUGCGAGCGUUUCGAAGGCUUCAUGUGUGGGAAGGAGUUUUGCAAUGCGUACACCGAGUUGAACGAUCCAUUUGAGCAGCGGUUGCGCUUCGAGGAGCAGUCGCGCCAAAAGGAGCAAGGUGAUGACGAAGCACAAGGUGUAGACGAAGUAUUUGUUGAUGCGCUUGAGCAUGGUCUGCCACCAACCGCAGGCUGGGGCAUGGGUAUUGACCGGCUCAUCAUGUUCCUUACCGACUCCCCUAAUAUCAAGGAAGUGCUUUUGUUCCCUGCCAUGAAGCCUAUUGAGACAGCAGGUAAUACAAGCGGAAAGGAGCCUGGCCCUGCCGGGCAGUUGUGACGGUAGAGUCCUUUGAGGUGAUCUAAAAGUAGGAGAUAUCGUGAUGGAUACAAUAGAUAGUUGUGUUUUGCUUCAACUUUUUGGCAAAGUAAUGUUUCCAAGUCAAUUACUUCCCAAGUCACGCUACUUUAAGACCAUCAU